GCGAGUCUCUAUUUUAAUUGUUGGGUUAAGUGUUUGGGUCUAUUGGACCAAUGGGCUUAAGCUAACGGUUCUAACUGAACAAUGUGCUUUUAAAAUUUUCGGACAAAGCAAAUGUUGCAUAAACAUUUACAGUAUGAAGGAGAAGAAAAAGGAGGCAAAAGAAUAGGAUGGGGAAGGUUAAUGGCAGAGAGUAGUCUUCCAUUUAACAAACGCUUCAAUGGCAAUUAUUUGCGGCAAAUCACUUUCUCUUUCUCUCUUUGUCGAUCCAAAUCAUCGUCCUCACGUUUUUGUUAACAAACCAAAACAAACAGCAUCAUCUUCAUCCUCCUUUGAUUUUUUCAUUUAGCGUUUCCUCAUAUUCACUUACAUUGUCUAGGCUUUUGUUUAUGCUGGAGAUGGUGGUUAAUUGAAUGUAAAUGGUAGAGGAUUCGGAGGAAUUGGAUUCGUGUUGUGAGGUGGUUCCUCCUCAGGCUUAGUUAGAUCUGAGGUUGCAUUUUGAAAACGUUUACCCUUUCGUUUUUUGUACUGUGUCAUCAUCAUUACGUGUGGCUUUGAGCAAUGAGCGCGUCAAGGUUCAUAAAGUGCGUCACGGUUGGUGAUGGAGCUGUCGGUAAAACAUGUCUGCUCAUUUCUUACACCAGCAACACCUUUCCCACGGACUAUGUCCCAACUGUUUUCGAUAACUUUAGUGCCAAUGUGGUUGUUAACGGAGCCACGGUCAAUCUUGGUUUGUGGGAUACUGCAGGGCAGGAGGACUAUAACAGAUUAAGACCUUUGAGUUACCGUGGCGCUGAUGUUUUCAUUCUAGCCUUCUCUCUCAUUAGUAAGGCUAGUUAUGAGAAUGUCUCCAAGAAGUGGAUCCCAGAGCUGCAGCACUAUGCUCCUGGUGUCCCCAUCGUCCUUGUUGGAACCAAACUUGAUCUUCGGGAUGACAAACAGUUUUUUGUCGACCAUCCUGGUGCCGUCCCUAUUACCACUGCUCAGGGAGAGGAGCUCAAGAAGCUAAUUGAAGCGCCUGCUUACAUCGAGUGCAGUUCAAAAUCACAAGAGAACGUGAAGGGAGUCUUUGAUGCAGCUAUCAGAGUGGUCCUUCAACCUCCAAAGCAGAAGAAAAAGAAGAACAAAGCUCAAAAGGCUUGCUCCAUUUUGUAAGAAGCUCGAUGACAGCGUCGUUAAGAAAGUAUUUGCGUUUUCAUUUUUUUGUUUUCUUCUUUUCAGUGUUCAUUGCGAAUGCUGUCUCUUAGUUCCUUAAAAAAAAACGAUUUGUAUCGAGUUUAAUUCAACUUAUGUUUCAAUUGAUAGUGGAGAGAGCUAAUAUUGGGGUAGUAGCCUAUCUUCCAUCUCUUCCAUUCUAAUUGAUAUGUUCAACGUGAUGAU